UAUCACUCAAAUAGUUUGUUUGAUUGUGCACGUGAAUAUAAAAAAAAAAUUAUCUAUUUUGGAAAUGAUUCAACGUAAUAGCAACAAUAUGUUGCUAUUCUUAAAGUCGAAUAACAGUUAAUUGCAUAUGCAGUCGACUCCGAAAACGAUUUUAGAAUUAUUUAUUCAAUACCUAAUUGUCUUGAUGCUGGUUAUAUAGGUACAUAUAUCUAAGAAAGUUUUAGAUGACCAAUCACAGAUUAUAAAUUUAUUUAUAAUCAAUUAAUUUUUUGAAACAUUAAAAUAAAUAAAUUCAACGAAUACUAUCUAGUAAAUGGGACCAGAAAAGGGCACGACAAGGCUACGGAAACCUUAACUGAAAACAUAUUAUGAUUGUAUCUAACAAUAUACCUACGGCUAAUUAAAAAAAAGUAAACUAUGUAUAGAAAAAAUAACAAUACUAUGUCACUCCCAGAUAUUACGUUAAAGCUUGGUUCGUUUACGGAUCUGCAUAUUAAAAAAAUACACGGAUUUACUAUGGUCCAGCGAGUAGCUACAGAUGAGCGUCCGUUCGAGACGCCAUCAUCUGACGAAAGCGGUCUGGGUAGAAGCGACUCGCCUAGCGAUGACUCGGAGCCAGAAGCGGCGCUGGUGGUACCACCAGAUGGUGGUUGGGGCUGGGUCAUAGUAGCUGCAUCAUUCAUGUGCAACUUUCUUGUGGAUGGAAUAAUUUUUUCUGGAGGGAUGCUGCUGGAGCCUAUUCAAAAAGAAUUUAAUGCAAGCGGUGGACAAGUGGCCCCCGUUAAUUCUUUACUCGCUGGGUUUUAUCUGUUAGCUGGUCCGUUUGUUUCGGCGUUAGCUAACAAAUACGGUUUCCGGGUGGUGACAAUAAUCGGCAGCGUGAUAUCGAGUGCCGCCUUCGCUAUGUCCUAUUUCGCCACCAGCGUUGAAUAUCUCUAUCUCGUUUAUGGCAUCGUGGGAGGACUUGGGUUCUGCAUGAUAUACAUGCCCGCGGUGUUGACGGUCGGGUUCUACUUCGAGAGAUGGCGCGCGCUGGCCACAGGACUCGCGCUGUGCGGCUCUGGCGUCGGCACCUUCGUGUUCGCACCACUGACCGAGACGCUCAUCCACGGACUUGGCUGGAGGAUGACCAUUCUUAUACAUGCAGGUUUUGUUUUGCUGUGUCUCGUCUGUGGAGCCCUAUUCAGACCGAUCAACCCAGUAAGGGUGACACUAGCCGAUCAACAGGAAGAAGAUACUUCACGGCGUCAUGAGGAAGCAGUCGAAAAGCUAAACUCAAUGUUAAAACUUCACAAUAAACUCGAUUCUGGUAUCUCGAUGCCACCAGAGAUGAGAUUCACGAACAAAGUUAGUCCGCACACUUGGAUGGGCGUCGCUAACAAUACACGCUACCCAACCGCUGAAGAAAUAUUUCGAGGAAGCAACUCCCAUCUCAGCAGACGAUCGUCAGCAACGGCAAGCACAUUGAAGAAUCAUGGCAACAAACCAUUCCAUUUUAUUGCCGUUCCAGUUGCAGAAAAGGAUGAACAAGAAGAUUCUAACAGUAAUAUCGACAAUGCUGAACCUCUGAUACCUGAGUCGGUUAAAGUAGUCACCAGAGAUGCAAGAUCUCGUCGUUCUCAUAUUGACUUAGUUGCAAGACCUUUCUAUCGUGAUGACAUUUUCUUCGGCGGCAGUUUAGCAAGAGUACCUCAAUACACUUCUCGAACUUCUCUGGGUUAUCAUCUACACGUUACCCAUGUUCCCACACAAGAAGACGCACAAGAAGAACAUUCAGGCAAAUGUCGACUCUGUCCCGAAGCUGUGAGGCGUGCUUUGGCUACUCUAUUAGAUGUCAGUCUCUUCCGAUCACCGACGUUUUUGAUUCUCGCUGUCAGUGGAUUCUUUACGAUGUUGGGUUUCUUCGUACCUUACAUGUACGUAAAACAAAGAGCGGAACUUAAUGGGGUUGGAAAAGCGAGUAGUCUAAUGUUAGUGUCUGCCAUUGGCGUUGCUAAUAUCAUUGGUCGUAUUGCAUGUGGACUGGUCUCUUCGACACCAAAAGUAUCUCCUUUGUGGUUAAACAAUAUAGCCCUCUCUGCUGGCGGAAUUGCAACUAUGAUCAGUGGACUUUGCUAUGACGAUGUCUAUCAGUUCGCAUAUUGUGCUAUCUUUGGACUUUCAAUCGCGUGCUUCGCAUCACUUCGUUCCAUCCUUGUCGUGGAGUACAUCGGACUAGAACAGCUGACGAAUUGCUUCGGGUUGUUCCUACUGUUCCAGGGCUUUGGUGCGCUCUUGGGUGCACCGAUCGCUGGCGCCUUAAUGGAUAUGACAAAGAGUUACGAGAUAUCCUUCUAUGUAUCCGGCGGUUUCCUCCUCCUCUCUGCCGUGAUGUGUUAUCCAGUCGACUAUAUCAGUCGAUGGGAGAAAUCAAGAAACAAACUCGCUUCUACACCAAAAGUAUGAAAAGAUCAUUUUCAGCUCCUCGCUUAUAUGAACCAAGUGAAUAUUACGAUAAAAAACUGUGAAAAAAUCUGACAUAUGUUUUUAUUGUCUAUAGUCCGUUUUAGGACGCUUAAAAUCAGUGUUUUUUAAUCAUGUUUACAUUUUUAGUGACACUUAACACUGCCUUGUACUUUCCACACUUUUAGACUUCCUAUUAACGGUUAAUACUAUUAAAUGAGAUUUAAACAACUAGGAAUGGGGUUUAAAGUAUUUUUUAAUAUUUAUGGGACGUUUACAUCCUGUGAACAAUUUUAAAAACAUUAAAUAUAUAGGUAUAAUUUUGAGAAAAUUGUAUAUUGUUAUAUAAACCGUACUUAUUACUGUAUAUUAGUUACAGAAAAAAUCGUAUUGCCUAAUGAAUGAGCUCUCUGAAUAUAUUAUAAUUAAAGCUAAAAAAUAGGAAUACAAUUGAACACAUAUCCACUGUACUUACAAACAUCACAUACUUGCCAUAAACAAUUUGCUAUUUAUAACGAUAUAAAUUGAUAUGUGAUACAUAUGUGUAGUAACUGUAAAUAUUAUUAAAUCGACGUUACAGGCAAUUGAUAUUUAUUUCAAAUAAACGUAACAUUAUUAGUUAGAAACAUUACUUUCAGUAACAUUGGCCAAACUGAAAGGGUAAUCACUGUUGCAAUGACUAUCGAGUCAAAUAAAUGCAUUUAAAAUAGUAGUUUAGUGGUAACUUAUUAAAGUACAAAACUCGAAAUAUUAUAUAGUGCGUUUUUUCUUUGUUUUCCUUGAUAAUGAGUAGACUUGAUGCCAAAACAUACGUACUUAGUACCUAUUGACUGCACAUUACAUCAUAAGGUUGAAAGAAUCGAUCAAUUGACGCUUAUAAUUAUGGUAACUGGAGCGGGAAAAGGGAACUUAAACUUUACUAAGAGCGUAUAGCUUUACGUGAUGUUAUAAUAUAAGCUAUGUUUACACAUUUAAGUUAAAAAUUUGUAAACAAAAUUAAAAAAAUACAUAUAAAAAAAGCUGUCGCUAGUAGUGUUGAUUAAAGUAAACAUAUAGUGUAUUUCCAACAAAACGGGAUUGAUUUUCAAGAUAUCUUUAUAAAAAGUGUAAACUUAGCUUACGCUUAUCUGAUAUGCCAACAAUUUUCUUAUUAAAUUACAAUACAACUCAAUUGUAACGUCGUUAACUUCAUUGUGUAGUGAUACAUUAUACCACGACCACAUCCGCGUUGAUCGUGACGAAAUUUCAUAACAAUGAUGUGAUAAGAAUAAAAUAACGUUUUACAUCUACCUAAAUUAAGUACAUAAUAAGUUUCGGGAUGAUAAACACAGAUGUGGUCGUAGCAUUAACUUCACGAUACUUUAUCCAAUAAGUGUACCCUGCUACAUGUAGAAGCGGUACAUCAUAUUAUAAGACUUGUUAAUAUUUAUAGGUCUUGCAUGUGUGUGCAAAAUGAGUGAUUUUAUUAUAUUAUUCUUAGGUUAGAUAAUUUAAUUGUUAUCAAUGUUUGUGCCUUAUUGUAUGAAGUGAUACUUACCGUAUUUUAGAUAUUGACAUUUAUGUUUUACUAUCAAGAAAUUAAAUAGACUUGAAGUAAGCCGAUAAAGUUCCAAAACCCAUUAUAAACUAUUUUUAAGUUAGUUUCCUUUUCUAUGUAAUCCAAACUUAAAGAAUAAGUGAUACGUUAUACGAUUUUGGCUGUGGUUUAUAUAGAUAGCAGAUUGAUAAUCAUAGUCAUAGAUGUUUAGUUUUUCAUACUAAACUAUGUAUCUCUAUGUCAACCUUUGCUAUAUAUAGCUUGCAGCUAUAUAUACAAAUUUGUUGAACUAAUACCUACAUACAGUUUUUUUUCUAGAAGUUUUAACAGUUCUGGUCACACCUGGUCCUUUUUUGUUUGUUACUUGAUGGUUAUUUGUAUAUAUGGAUUUUUUUUUUUGAUAAAACUGUUGAUAUAAUUUAUAGAUUAAAAAUAUUUUUUAUUAUUAAUUUGAAAUCAUGACUAUGAUUCACGACUGACGAAAAUAUUCUGCGAACAAAUGUAAGCCACAAAGCCAAUCAUUUAAGAUUUAAACUUGCUUGCUUUAUUUUUCGAUUUUGUUAUAAAAUAUAAUGCAAGCAGGCUUUGUCUUCUCGUUGGAAAGUAGUAAUAACGUCCGCAGCAAAUUCGUAUUAAAUAUGAUACUUUUGUUGUU